CUCUCUCUCUCUCUCUCUCUCUCUCUCUGUGUGUGUAUAUAUAGAAUCCAAUCAACUUCGACAUUCAUAUGAAUACUACUACUACUACAACAACUCAAGACUGGAAUAGCUAUCAGAGAGAGAGAGAGAGAGAGAGAGAGUAAUGGAGGAAUUAGGGAAGAAGGCAGAAUCUGCAAGGAUUAAGAAAGGGUUGUGGAAACCAGAAGAGGACAUGAUUCUCAAAAGUUAUGUGGAGGCUUAUGGAGAAGGCAAGUGGGCUACCAUUUCCCAACAAUCAGGUUUACUGAGAAGUGGUAAGAGCUGCAGGCUGAGAUGGAAGAAUUAUCUAAGGCCAAACAUCAAGCGUGGCCAAAUGUCCGAUGAAGAGAAAGACCUCAUCAUCAGGCUCCAUAAACUUCUCGGCAACCGCUGGUCACUGAUUGCUGGUCGACUCCCCGGCCGAACAGAUAAUGAAGUGAAGAACUAUUGGAAUACACAUUUGAGCAAGCAGCAUAACUACUACUCCCAACGCAAAACUGCAGCCGCCCUUACCCGUGCCAAGAACAAGAAUGCCCAACUCCGGACACCACCUACGGCGUCAACGACUCCACCCAUUUGCGCUGAAGCAUCCAUUAAUGGUGCAAAAGAAGAGCAGAUUACAGCCAUCACUACUGCUCCGUUAAUGGAAGAAACAGAAAACUUGUUCACCUUUGACGACAUUCAACAACCUCCAUCAUUAUCAUCUGCUACAUAUAAUAACGCACCAUUCUUCUUCGACGAUGAUGAGCUUUUCAUGCCCAUAUUGGAUUCCUUCGCUUUGUCCGAGGCAUUUGGAAGCUUUGUGGAUGAGGCUAAUUACUCCCAUGACCAUGACCACGUAGGCUAGUGGUGGGACUUUGUUGUUGUUGAUUGAAUCAAACGGUGAUCUAAAAU